AUGUUAGAAGAGGCAGUGAGGAAUGGCCGCUUAUCACCACUAUUGGUUGGAAGGGAUCAUGUUCAGCUGUCGCACCUACAGUUCGCUGACGACACUAUCUUGUUCUGCCCUCCUGAAGAUGAGACUAUCAAGAACUAUAAGAGGUUACUUCGGUGCUUUGAGUUGAUGUCAGGCUUAAGCAUCAAUUUUGAGAAGUCAAGUUUAAUCCCUAUUAACUGUGAUGAGCAGUGGGUACGCCGUAUGUGUCAUGUGUUAGGUUGCAAACAAGAAUCCCUUCCAGUUAAAUACCUGGGUAUCUCAUUAGGUGCGAACCCAAGACUGGUUAAGACAUGGAAGCCAAUAAUAGACAAAGUGGAGGAGAAGCUUAGCCUUUGGAAAGCCAAGGUGCUCAACAAAGCUGGUAAGUUGGUGCUUAUUAAAUCUGUGUUGAAUAGCCUGCCAGUUUAUUACUUGAGCCUGUAUAAGAUGCCAAAGGCUGUUGCUGAGAAACUAAUUUCUUUACAAAGAAGAUUCUUUUGGAGUAGGGAGGAUGGGAGUUCGGGUAUGGCCAUGGUGAAGUGGGAAGUGGUUCAGGCUCCUAAGAGGCUAGGAGGUUUGGGAGUUGGUGAUGCUUUGUUACGCAAUACAGCCCUUCUGUUUAAGUGGUGGUGGCGGUUUUCUGAGGAAGAGUGCCCGUUGUGGAAGAGGGUGGUUUGCUCUUGUAAUAACUUGAACCCAACUGUGCUUCUAUCCUCUCAGAGAUUACCUAAUAGGGGGGUCCGUGGAAGGACAUUUGUCAUCUACAGUUCAAAGAUCAAGAAGUUAGGCAGAAGAUGA